AGCGGAAUCCCAGUGCCUUAAAUCGCCGAGCACUUGCUCCCACCGCCUAACCCCAGACGCCCCUGGAUCCUCAGUUUCUGGCUGCGGCUGCGCAGCGGCGCCGUCCGCAGGUUUUUAAAACAUGAAUCCUUCACUCCUCCUGACUGCCCUUUGCUUGGGAAUAGCCUCAGCUGCUCCGAAACUCGAUCACAGUUUAAGCGCACAGUGGAUAGUCUGGAAGGCAACACACGGGAAACAGUACGGCUUGAAUGAAGAAGGAUGGAGGAGAGCAGUGUGGGAGAAGAAUCUGAGAAUGAUUGACCUGCACAACCUGGAAUACAGCCAAGGGAAACAUGGCUUCACCGUGGCAAUGAAUGCCUUUGGUGACAUGACCAAUGAAGAAUUCAGGCAGGUGAUGAAUGGUUUUCGAAACCAGAAGCACAAGAAAGGGAAAGUAUUCCAUGAACCUGUGUCUGCUUCAGCUCCCUCAUCUGUGGACUGGAGGGAGAAAGGCUAUGUAACUCCCGUGAAGAAUCAGGGUGACUGUGGUUCUUGUUGGGCUUUUAGUGCCACUGGUGCUCUUGAAGGACAGAUGUUCCGGAAAACUGGCGAACUGGUUUCACUGAGUGAGCAGAACCUGGUGGACUGUUCUAGGCCUGAAGGCAAUCAGGGUUGCCAUGGUGGCCUAAUGAAUAAUGCCUUCCAGUAUGUUAAGGACGUUGGAGGUCUGGACUCAGAGGAAUCCUAUCCAUACCGUGCAAGGGAUGGAUCCUGCCACUACGAUCCUAAGCAUUCUGCUGCCAACGACACUGGUUUCGUGAACAUUCCUCAGCAAGAGAGCGACCUUAUGAAGGCAGUGGCAACUGUGGGCCCCAUCUCUGUUGCUAUAGAUGCAAGGCAUCUAUCCUUCCAGUUCUAUGAAGGAGGCAUUUAUUAUAAUCCAAAAUGCCACAGCUACGAUCUGGAUCAUGCUGUUCUGGUGGUUGGCUAUGGCUUUGAAGGAACAGACCCAGAUGACAAGAAAUAUUGGCUUGUCAAGAACAGCUGGGGUACAGGUUGGGGCAUGAAAGGCUACAUAAAGAUGUCCAAAGACCGGGGCAACAACUGUGGAAUCGCCAGCGCGGCCAGUUAUCCUACUGUCUAAAUCUCAAAGGCUAGAUUGAGAACAGAACAUCCAGAGAAAGAAUUUCCUCCUAAAACUGACCAGACCUUAUUGUGUGGGAUGAAACACUUGAAUCAUUGAAGAUCCAAGUUGUGAUUUGAAUUCUGUGACAUUUUAUGCUGGUGAAAUGUUACCAUUUCUUUAAUACUGCUGUAAAUAGGUUUGUAUGAUCGACUUGCCUAAUGAAUUUUGAAUUUUCAUGUUUUAAAAGGCUGUAUAAAGUUUUACCUUCUACAAUAAAACA